UCGCAGCUGCCGUCAGGGCGGGCUCGGUGGUGGUUCCGCCCUGGUGAAAUGGCGGCGCCGGAGCAGCCGCCGCCGGACGGCUCCAAGCCCUUGAGCGCUCUCCUUAACGGCAUCGCCCAGGCUGCCUACUACGGCAACGCGGACAUCACGGAGGAGCUGCUGCACGGGCAGCUCUACCCCGAGGCGGCGCCGGAGGAGUUCCGCGCCCUGCGCGCCAAGAUGGGUGGGCUGCUGCAGUCCAUUGCUUCAGCAGACAUGGAUCUGAACCAGCUGGAGGCUUUCCUCACUGCCCAGACCAAAAAGCCAGGUGGCAUCACAGCAGAGCAAGCUGCAGUCAUUGCCAAGUUCUGGAAGAACCACCGAGCAAAGGUCCAUGAGAGCCUGGUCAGCAGGAGCCGCUGGGAUAACGUCCUGAGGAGCCUCAGCUGGAGGGUGGAUCUGAAGGCACAGCACAGGCACCUCCAGCAGAUCAACACCACCCCCGUGGCAAUAGUUGAAAUGGAGCUGGGCAAGAAUGGGCAGGAAUCGGAGCUCCUGUGCCUGGAGUUUGACGAGGCCAAGCUGAGCCAGCUGCUGCAGAAGCUGUCAGAGGCAGAGCAGAGCAUGGCAGCGCUGACGCAGAGCACCCAAUAAAGCGAUUGCCAGGUGCCA